AUGCUCUCCCCGGACGCCCCAGAGCGUCGCGAUGCUCUCCCCGGACGCCCCAGAGCAUCGCGAUGCUCUCCCCGGACGCCCCAGAGCGUCGUGAUGCUCUCCCGGGACGCCCCAGAGCGUCGCGAUGCUCUCCCCGGACGCCCCAGAGCGUCGCGAUGCUCUCCCCGGAUGCCGAAGAGCGUCGCGAUGCUCUACUCGGACGCCCCAGAGCGUCGCGAUGCUCUCCCCGGACGCUCCAGAGCGUCGCGAUGCUCUCCCCGGACGCCCCAGAGCGUCGCGAUGCUCUACCCGGACGCCCCAGAGCGUCGCGAUGCUCUCCCCGGACGCCCCAGAGCGUCGCGAUGCUCUCCCCGGACGCCCCAGAGCGUCGCGAUGCUCUCCCCGGACGCCCCAGAGCGUCGCGAUGCUCUACCCGGACGCCCCAGAGCGUCGCGAUGCUCUCCCCGGACGCCCCAGAGCGUCGCUAUGCUCUCCCCGGACGCCCCAGAGCGUCGUGAUGCUCUCCCCGGACGACCCAGAGCGUCGCGAUGCUCUCCCCGGACGCCCCAGAGCGCCGCGAUGCUCUCCCCGGACGCCCCAGAGCGUCGCGAUGCUCUCCCCGGACGCCCCAGAGCGUCGCUUUGCUCUCCCCGGACGCCCCAGAGCGUCGCGAUGCUCUCCCCGGACGCCCCACGUGAGGAGAGCACGAGCAGCAGCGACGACGAGGAGUGGGAGUCGGAAUUGGUUAUCGAGUGGAUGGCCGAGCCUCGCGUGGGCGUGCUCAUGGACAUGGGGAGGAUCAUAUCCCGCCUGCCUGCCAUUCUAACCGAUACAGAUGCUGCUACAGCUGCAGGAGUUCCUCCUGCAACAGGUGCUGGUUCUGCUGCUGCUAGUGGAACAUGGGCUACUCGCUGGGCUGCCUACCGCUGUGCUGUCAGCUUCGCUGCGUUCCUUGUGCUUGUAGCGAGGUGCCCACGUGUUGUGAACCUAAGAACGGUGUCUUUGUCUGCACACUCGGUCGCUUAUCCAGCUAUCAUGCAGGUGGGGGCGGCCAGGCUGAUUAAAAACGACUAUUUUGCAUCCAUGCUGGUUCAGGUGCUGGGGGUGAAGGAGAGCGCUGAUCUGCAGGAAGGGUUUGGGUUCUUUGUGCAGCACCUGCUGUCAGGCGGGCUGGAGAAGACGCAUGCGAGGGGAGGGGCGGAGCCGAGGGGGAGGUUGCUGGGAAUGCGCAGGGGGAGGAGGGACGGGAAGAUGGCGAGGUGA